AUGCCUGUCGAGAAGUUCGUACACGUGUUUCAGGCGCUGCGGAAUUUAGGGCGGCGACACAAGGGAGGCUCACUCAGGUCUCUCCCGAGGCCAGAGCCGGGUCGGGAUCCGCCGCUAACCACCGGGAGAGGAUCUGGGGUUGUGAGUGCGAUCGUGAUGGUGGACCAGGAUGGUCGCAAUGCCCUCCUCGUCCAGCCCGGGUCAGGGCCGAAAAAUCACGAUCCCGACACCGAGGCCAAGCGAGAGAGUAAAUCGCAAUUCCGGGGGAAGAAACGUUGA